CGCUUAUUUAAACAACAAACUAAAACAUUUAGCAACUCACCAUUUCAAUCUGUGACAAAGGCGUCUUAAUAAACGCCGCUCCAGAAACUUCUCUUUUUUUUUUUUUUCCUCUCUUUUCAAUUUUCCAUCUUAGGGUUUAUUUUCCCUUUCCAAUUUUCCCGAGAAAAUGAGAGAGUGCAUUUCGAUCCACAUUGGUCAGGCCGGUAUCCAGGUCGGAAACGCCUGCUGGGAGCUUUACUGCCUCGAACAUGGCAUUCAGCCCGAUGGACAGAUGCCGAGUGACAAAACCGUUGGUGGAGGAGACGAUGCCUUCAACACCUUCUUCAGUGAGACUGGCGCCGGAAAGCACGUGCCACGCGCCGUCUUCGUCGAUCUUGAGCCCACCGUGAUCGACGAGGUGAGGACCGGAGCCUACCGCCAACUCUUCCACCCCGAGCAACUCAUCAGCGGCAAAGAAGACGCUGCCAACAAUUUUGCUCGUGGCCAUUAUACCAUUGGGAAGGAGAUCGUUGAUCUCUGCCUUGAUAGGAUCAGGAAGCUUGCUGAUAACUGCACCGGGCUCCAAGGGUUCUUGGUGUUCAAUGCAGUUGGUGGUGGAACCGGUUCCGGUCUCGGUUCCCUUCUCUUGGAGCGUCUUUCUGUUGAUUAUGGAAAGAAAUCUAAGCUUGGGUUCACUGUUUACCCAUCUCCCCAGGUUUCUACCUCUGUUGUUGAGCCCUAUAACAGUGUCCUUUCCACUCACUCCCUCCUUGAACACACUGAUGUCGCCGUGCUUCUCGACAAUGAAGCCAUCUAUGAUAUCUGCAGGCGCUCCCUUGACAUUGAACGCCCCACCUACACCAACCUCAAUCGCCUCGUCUCUCAGGUGAUUUCAUCCCUCACUGCCUCUUUGAGGUUUGAUGGUGCACUGAACGUUGAUGUGACUGAGUUCCAAACUAACUUGGUUCCAUACCCAAGGAUCCAUUUCAUGCUUUCAUCCUAUGCACCUGUUAUUUCUGCUGAGAAGGCCUAUCAUGAGCAGCUCUCGGUUGCUGAGAUCACCAACAGCGCAUUCGAGCCGUCCUCCAUGAUGGCGAAGUGCGACCCUCGCCAUGGCAAGUACAUGGCCUGCUGCCUGAUGUACCGUGGUGACGUGGUGCCCAAGGAUGUGAAUGCUGCUGUGGCCACCAUCAAGACCAAGCGCACAAUCCAAUUUGUGGACUGGUGCCCAACUGGUUUCAAGUGCGGUAUCAACUACCAGCCACCGACAGUUGUUCCCGGCGGUGACCUUGCCAAGGUGCAGAGGGCUGUGUGCAUGAUCUCCAACUCCACCAGUGUUGCUGAGGUGUUCUCAAGGAUUGACCACAAGUUUGAUCUCAUGUAUGCUAAGCGUGCUUUCGUCCACUGGUAUGUGGGUGAGGGCAUGGAAGAGGGUGAGUUCUCUGAGGCUCGUGAGGACCUUGCUGCUCUUGAGAAGGAUUACGAGGAGGUUGGUGCGGAGUCUGGUGAGGGUGAGGAAGGUGAAGGAGAGGAAGACUAUUAGACAGCCAGCCUUGAUGAUGUGUUUCUUGUUAUGUGCCUUUCUGUUUUCUAUUGGACAUUUUAGUUUUUUGAUGCUUUGCUGUGAAAACAUAUUUGUGCUUCUACCUUAAUAGCACAAUGUUUUAAUCCACUUUUGGUUUUAUA